GAUUCCUUUCUGACUGUGACUAUCAUAUUCCGGUGAAAAUCUUGAUGAUUAUUGGAACUGUGACUCCAAAAACUCCUAUAACAUCUGUUGGGGAUAGCUGUCAGACGCCUAGUCUAACGACAUCGUCGGUUCCUGUAUCUUCAGGUUCUGAGAAUACUAGUGGUGUGCUUCUUAGCAAUUUAUGGACUCAGCUUGACCACAUUCAAUCUACAAUUCCGGACAGAUUAUCGGUUGCUAUGUUAGAGAGUGCUGGUGUGCAAAUGGAGAACAGCGAUCCCCGACUUGCCCGUUUAAUCAGUCUAGCUGGUCAAAAAUUUCUGACUGAUAUCCUUUCUGACGCUAUGCUUCAUUGGCGUCUUGCAAAUGGACAACCUACUGGGCUGCUUAACCAUCCUAGUGUGUCCACAUCUAUACCAGGUCAAGCAUCUAAUCUGUCUUCUAUAAAUCCUACUACAACAACGAGCAACCCAAGUCAGUCUAUUCCACAAUCUCCAUCAUCUAGUGGAAAACCUGGAACCAAUAAAUUUCCCAUAGAUCGUCGCGCCACUCUUACACUGGAAGAUUUGAUUGCUUCAUUGAAUGAUAGGGGUAUUCAUGUUGCCAAACCGCCUUAUUAUCGGUAGAUUGUAUACUCAAUAGUUAUUGUAUAUUUUCUUUCUUUCUCUUACUUUUCUAUUUGAUUCGGCCUUACUAAAAUGUUCUUUGAUACAAAGCCAAAUCUACCUAUUCCUUUUGUCCACCAAGAAUCAGUUGUAACAUAAACAUUUUGCUUCACUUUAAUGUUACCUCUAAACAAUUGAAUAAAAGCAUACAUUUAUUGCAACUAGUGAGAAUUUGUGUUUUUCCGUUGUUCGAUAUUCAAAACAUAGCUUAUUCAGUCUCUAUUAGAAGGUGAAUUCCUUGAGCGGAUGCCUGUAGUUACAAGUUUAUUAUAUAUUUUUCUUCCAUUUGUUCUGGGUCCGAGUUCCGAAUAGAAUUAAUCAUGCAUCUUGGAUCCCACUGGUGUCCACUAUACAAAAAUAUCAAAUAAUACGCUGUUAUCUCUCAGUGAUUUCUAGUUAAAAGUGCCAUAUUUCUUAUGAUUAAUAAAUUAAUUAAUACUGAAAUUGUGAGUGGUUAGUGGUUAUCAUAGAUGCUUACUAUAAGUCAAUUAACGACACAUGUGUUAGAGCCAUAUGGUUGUUUACACUUUUCUUAAAUAGAAUAAAGAGAUUUAAUACAAGCCCAG